AUGGCAAUUGAUUUUGUAUUUUCUAAGAUGGAAUUAUCUUUGUCAAGAUUGAGGGGUCAGGGAUAUGAUGGGGCUUCAAAUAUGAGGGGUGAAUUUAAUGGACUUAAAGCACUUAUUUUAAAAGAAAAUCCAUCGGCAUGCCCGAUUGUUACAGUAUGUGGAUCUUCUUGCAAAAGGGCAGAUAAACUCCGACAAAUUGAAUAUGAAAGAAUGGUUGAAAAGAUUGAGAAAGGGGAAAUCACUUCAGGUAAAGGUCUAAAUCAAGAAACUUCUUUGCUUAGACCGGGUGACACUCGAUGGGGAUCUCAUUAUCUUACUUUAAUACGUCUUGCAUCUAUGUGGCCCUCGAUAGUCAUAGUACUUGAAACUGUAUUCGAAGAUGGGGUUGAUCAAGAAACAAGUGGCAAAUCUAAAGGGUUGCUUCAAAAAAUGGAAAGCUUUGAUUUUGUGUUUCUCAUGAUAUUGAUGAAACAUUUGUUGGGUAUGAUUGAUCCACUAUCUUGUGCGCUGCAAUACAGAGAUCAAAAUAUUUUGAAUGCAAUAAAUUUGAUAGUGAUUGUGAAAGAGGACUUGCAAGCAUUUCGAGAAUCUGGAUGGGAUGAUUUCUUGCAAGAAGUGGAAGCAUUUUGCCGGACUAAUGAAAUUGAUGUUCCUAACAUGGAUAAAAUUGUUCCAAGAAGAAUUCGUAUGAAGAAUGAUGGACAAAGUAUUACAAACUAUCAUUAUUAUCGUGUUGAAAUUUUUUAUCAGGUUGUUGAUUUAAUUAGUCAAGAAAUGAGGAAUCGUUUUUCUGAGUCCAGCACAGACCUACUCGAGUGUAUGGCAUGUCUUGAUCCAAGAAAUCAUUUCUCCAAUUUCAAUGUCGAUAAACUUGUUCAUCUUGCCACCCUUUAUCCGGAAGACGUUUCAUCCAUGGAGCUUAACUUGUUAACUAAACAACUUCAAAGUUUCAUGAGUGAUGUAAGAAGAGAUACACGUUUUUCAGAGGUUGAAGAUUUGGGAACUCUUUCAAAGAAGAUGGUUGAAACGAUGAAAGAUAAGAUUUUUCAAUUGCCGGCGGGUGAGGCGACGAGAGAGAUGCCGGAGAUGAAGGGAAGCGGCGACACUGCUGCUGUGCAGGAUGGGUUACUGCGGCGGCGGUGUUCAGGAGGGUCGACGGCGGCGGAAGUGGAAUAA